AUGGGAUCGUUGUGUAACAAUACAUUCCUGUUGCAGCAGGAUAUCAGCUCGACACCUGGAGCCCCUUCGCCGCGGGCAGCGCACAGCUGCGACGUGGUAGGUCAGGUCUUGGUAUUUUUUGGGGGUUGGGCUGGCAAGCACGCGCUUUCUGAUGCUUAUGCAUUCCACACCGUCAAACGUCGUUGGAUACGAUUGACUCUUUGUGUGGAGGAGACUUCGAUCUCUUCUGGUUCUAGCAAGAAGAAAACGAUGUUCACCUUAUCGUCACUGACACGCAAUAAUCAUGCCUCCGCAGUGUACGGCGGUGAGCUGUUUAUUCAUGGUGGCCAUGACGGCACAUCAUGGCUAAUGGAUAUGUUUGCAGUGGACGUGUCUACCCUGAAUGAUGUAUUUGAUCACGUCGACCCCGACGUUCCCGUUGAGGCGCAGGUGCGUUACAUCGCUUGCGGUGGCAGGGUCCCAAGCAAGCGAGCGUGUCACACGCUUACACGCGUUGAUGAUCUGUUUUACAGUUUUGGUGGUUACGACGGCACUCAGUGCUUUAACGACCUAGAGUGCUUUGAUCCGGUUACCGCAACAUGGACGCGUUUGAGCAAACCUUACGGAAAGAAACCUCAACCACGCAAUGCACAUGUAAUGGUGACCGACGGUAAACUGCUGUACAUGAACGGUGGUCAUUCAGGUCGUACGCACUUUGACGACAUCUACACUUAUAACAUUUCUACUCACACAUGGACUCGAGUUGAAUAUUCAGGUGACGUCUCCCCUUUGGCAGUUCGAGGCCAUUCCGCAUGUUACCUCAACCAUGAGAUAUACGUGUUCGGUGGUUACAACGGGGAAGCCGUUUUUAACUCAUUAUUCGUGUUUAACCCGCGCUCAUGUACAUGGCGCAAACAGGCUCUCGUGCCAGACACCACUCCUCUUUCACGUCGUCAGCGGAAUUCACUAGUGGAGCUGAAUGGAACAAUGUACCUUUUCGGAGGAUUCAACGGAAGAGAAUGGUUGAACGAUUUGCACCUCAUCGAGUACCGGUCGGAGUGCACUAGGUCGUUCGACCCUAUUUUAUCGUCACUGGCUGAGAACAUCAGUGUUUUCUUGGCUAACCCGAAGUAUUCAGAUGUAUCUAUUUCCGUCGCUGGCAAGGAUAUUCCUGCCCACAAGGUAAUCUUAUGUGCGAAUUCCAAGUACUUCGACGAUAUUUUAAGCCAGGAGGACCCUCCUGAUGUGAUUGAGCUUUGCGGUUGGUCUUUGGAUGCGGUGAUGAAAAUGAUUGAGUUCAUGUAUUCAUCUCGUAUUCGCGAUUUCCACAGCCACACACACUUUAAGCUCUGUGAGAUCAUGGGUCUGGCUGAUGCCUGCGCAUUGGAUAACCUGAAGAACAUGUGCCAGGAGGUGUUGGUGCGCAAGAUGGACAUAGACAACGUAUGUUACAUGCUAAAGUACUCGAAGUUGUACAAUGCUGAUUUGAUGCGUCAACACUGUUUUAACUUCAUCUCUGAGCACGCGGCCGACGUGAUGCGAACUCCCGCCUUCGAGGAGCUUUCCUCUGUACCGUCGCUCGUUAUGGAGUUGGCUAAGCUUUCUGUGAAGAAUUAA